GGUAGGCGCGAUAACGCGGUGGUAGGUGCCGCGUGGUGGCGACAGACGGACAGUAGCCGCCGCGCGGUGCUGUAGUGCGAUGACGAAGCCCAAGGAUGGAGUGGACCUCGACGCGAUCCUGUCGGAGCUGGGCCAGUUCGGCCGCUACCAGAUCCAGAACUACUGCCUCAUACUGCUGCCGAUUAUGUUCAGCGCUGUCUACAACAGCCAGUAUAUAUUUGCCGCCGGAGAAAUAGCCUACAGAUGCAAAGUGCCGGAAUGCGAGUCCUCGCCCCCGGAGUUCGAGACGGACGCGUGGGGGCUGUGGGCGCUCCCGGAGUCGUCGGGCCGCUGCGAGCGGUUCGAGCCCAUCGACGAGUUCUGCACGGCCAACAGCUUCCAUCCUAAUGACACAGUGCGCUGCUCCUCUUGGAUCUAUCAGACUGAUUAUACUAUUGUUGCUACGUUCGACUUGGCGUGCCAGGAGUGGAAGCGCACCCUGGUGGGCACCAUUCACAGCGUGGGAGUGUUCGCCGCACUUCCCAUAACUGCUUACAUAUCUGACGCGUUCGGUCGUCGCACGGCGUUCAUCAUGACAGCGGUGGCGGCGGGCGUGAUGGGCGUGGUGCGCUCCUUCGCCAACAGCUAUCCGCUAUACGUAACCCUUGAGUUCAUCGAGGCCACCGUCGGCUCUGGCGUCUACAGCACUGGGUUCAUCCUUGCCCUCGAAAUGGUCGGCCUGAACCGUCGAGUUCUUGGAGGCAACAUCAUAUCCUGUACAUUUGCCAUCGGUCAGGUUGUUGUCGCUCUGGCUGCCUGGGCUGUUCCCUACUGGCGGACAUUGACCCUCGUUAUCUACGCGCCAUCAAUCCUUUUCAUCCUCUACUGCUUCCUAAUCGAGGAGAGCGUGAGGUGGUUACUCAGCAAAGGAAAGAAGAAAGAAGCUGCUCGAAUAAUUUUCAAAGCUGCUGCAAUUAACAAAAAGAAACUAUCACCAGAAUCAGUGAAAAUCUUGACAGAAGACGUCAAACCAGAGGAGGAAGAGAAACCGCAAGAGACGAUAGCAGAUCCCUCAACAGAGAAGAAGGAGUCGCUGGUGAUGCAAGUGUUGAGGUCCAAGACCAUAAUGACCCGUUUGAUCAUUUGCUCAUUCUGGUGGAUAACUCUGACAUUCGUGUACUACGGACUGUCGAUAAACUCUGUGUCCCUAGCUGGAAACAGUUACGUGAACUACAUCCUCACCUCUCUGGUGGAGAUACCAGGAUACGCGUUGAGUGUGCUCACCCUAGACAGGUUCGGGAGGAAAAGCUCCAUCAUGACAGCCUUCUUUAUAUGCGGAGUGUCACUCAUCGCACUGCCGUUUGUACCUACUACACUGGGGUGGCUCCAGACUACCCUCAACAUGAUCGGCAAGCUGUCUAUCAGCAUGGCGUUCAGUAGCAUCUACAUCUACACGUCGGAGCUGUUCCCCACGCAGGCUCGGCACUCGCUGCUCGGCUUCUGUUCCAUGGUUGGGCGCAUCGGAUCCAUCGUCGCGCCCCAGACGCCACUGCUGAUGGCGGUGAUGGAGUCCCUCCCAUACCUGAUAUUCGGCAUCAUGGCUUGCACGUCGGGGCUGUUGAUGCUGCUGACUCCAGAGACCCUGCACAUCAGGUUACCGGACACCGUCGCGCAGGCAGAGAACAUCAGCGUGGCGCCUCGGAGCAAACGCACCACCGAUAUCAUCGUCGAUUAAGUUUACAGUGGAUGAUUUUAAGGCUUUUUGGUUCGUACCAUAAUCAAAUAGCAUGAUGGCAUAGAUUUUUAUUUUAACAGGGCUGUGCCGGUAUUAAAAUUCUUGCUCCCGGUUUCCAAAAACAUUUUAUAUAGAUGAGGACGAUCUGGAGGUGAUUAAUGGGAUUUUAGGUUAGGUCAGCUCGAUACACCGCCGCACCGGACGGCUUAGGACCAUGGUCCUUUCUACUUGCCAAAGUGAAGAUUUAAAAGAUAGUUAAAAAUAAAAUUAUUUUUUGGACAGCCUAGAAAGGUUUUAUAAUUUUCAUCAUCAUAAUAUUUUAGUCUAUGAGUGCUGUAUCAAGGGUAACGUAGUGUAGAAAUCCAUAGGAAAUGCGGAAAAACAGGCCAGAGUUUAUUCUGAGAUUCCUUCAAAGUGACAAUUCGUUUGAGUGCGUGUGUGUCGACUAGUCAUGAGGUCUAGUGUGAGAAAAAUUGAACUAUUGUGAUGUAUUGUGUAUAUAAGUAAUGUAUAAUAAGCGUUUAUUGACGGACGAAAUUAAUAUGAUGUUGUUAGACAGGUGUCUACAGCACCUACUGGACCUUAAAUAUAAAUCGAUCUUACAAAUAAAAUAAUCGAUAUAAAUAAUUCGUGAGCAUGACGAUCUAAAUAAUAUAUUUUUGUGAUUUAUUUGCAAUUGAAUAUUUCUAAGGUCGUUUAUAAAUUUCGAACGAUAGAAUAUUUUUUUUUCAUCAUAUUCCAGUGAAGUAGUUAUGAGAGUAAUAUUGUGGGGUUAUUUUUCUAGUUUGAAAACCAUUAGUCUACUCUAACACAUUAUUAAGUAAAGUUUGUGAAUUUAUUUAUAUUCUCGGGAACUAAUCAAUUUACAAAAAAAAACAUUGUACACAGAGAAAUAUAGCUCGGCAUUUCAAAAUUAUCAAGUUAGGAGAAAUUAUAUUGUGAAGUAUUUUCCUGCUAAUUAUAAAAAACUAAGACAAUAUUAUUGUUAACCGUCAAGUUUAGUAUUGCUCAGUAAUUACAUAUAUAAUUUAAAAAAAAAUUGCUCUGUGAAACAAUUGUAGUUAGUUGACUGUUGAAAUGACAAAUGUAUACAGUUUGUAACUUCUAAGAAAUUACAUGUUUUAUUUAAUUUAUUGUAUGUAUAUUAAGUCCUAGUUGUAAUCGUAAACAUAUUAUACAGCAUAAUUUAAAUACUUGUAAAUAAACAAGUUUUAUGUGAUA